UAACCCGGCUUCCACAUGCGUGUCGUGACACGGAGUCCGAUCCAAGCCGGUGCCUGUGUUACUCCCUUUCUCGUUUCCCGCGUGGCCGAGGCUGUUGAUUUUGCUUCGGUGCCGAAAAUUGUCGGUGAACGUGACAAGGUUGUUGGAAAAUCGUGUCGCUCGAACCUCUCUCGGUCUCUGCUCGUUGCGCCCCGCAGCUAUACGGCGAUACUCCCAGGUGGUAUCGUCAAGGCAAUAUUUGGCCCAUCGGGGAUCGCAAGGAUGGCUAGUUUCAACGACCUCAAGACCGAGUGGUCCAUGCUGUGCCAGGAGUGCACCGACUGUUGGACAAAGACGGAUCUCCAGCUGGCUGCCGAACUCGGGAAGACCUUACUCGAGCGCAACAAGGAGCUCGAGAAUCAUCUUAAACAGCAGCAGAACACGAUCGACGAGCAGGCGCAGGAGAUUGAGUACAUGAAGAAGCAAACUGCGGCUUUGAGGGAGGUAAAUGAUUCUCGAUUAAGGGUAUACGAGCAACUGGAAGUAAGCAUACAGGAUUUGGAGCGGGCAAACCAUCGCCUGGCUCUCGAAAAUUCCACGGAUAAGAAACAAAUCAAGAGCCAGAGUUUUAACAUCGAAACUCUCGAAGCUCGAUGCGAAGAAUUACAGAAAAAGCUGGACGAGCUUGCCGCCGAACACGAAACUCUGCUUCGUCGACAUCGCACCAAUGAUCAUACGAACAAUUUGCCAAAUCGCGUCACCGCAACUUGGAAGGCCAAGGUCUCGCAGGAUGGCAGCAUUGAAGAGGACGCUGCCCCACCUAGCCCUUUGCCUGAAAAAUCUAUGGAUACAAGUAUAAGGGAGCUCGCUUCCACACUGGCAAGCGACGAUGAAGUCACAGAAUUAUUGCGGCAGCUUCACGAGGCGCGAAAUCAGAGGGCGCGGGAGCAAAAGAGAGUCGCCGAGCUUGGCGAGCAGCUCAACUCAAUCCUCCAGGAAAAUUCGAGUCUCGAGGAACAGCUCAAUAUGUGGCGACGCAAGGCUGAGGACAUGAAAAAUCUCCAGGACGAAAUCAGCACCCUCGAAGAAGUCAGACAAGGGCACCUCUGCGGUCGGUGUUUGCGCGGCGUUGACAACAGAACGCACGAUGCGCUCUCGAUAAUGUUGGACCAAGAGGAGGAUGACGAUCUAAGCCUGAUCGAAUCCAUAACGACCGAAAGCUACAGGGAAUCCGAGACUCCCCUACCACAGGAAGUUGGUCAGAAAGUUGAGGACGAAGAGGUUGAGGAUAACCCUUACAGGGUGCUGGUCGAGAAGUACGAAGCUUUGCUCGAGGUGCAGCGGCACCCGGCGCCGUGUCGAAAGGCAAGCGGAGAAGGAGGAGGAGGAGGAGGAGGUGGGGCCGGGGGCUGCUUAUCGCUCCAAGAAGAGUUGGUUAUGUCGGGAGACUUUAACAGUUUCAUAAACGGUUCCACGUCCAUCCAGGAUCAGUCGUUGUCGACGCAGACCGCAAGUACAAAGCGAGAAGUCUGCGCAUUGCCGGUGCCGAAAUCCACCGGUAUCGAAACUCGCGGCAAUAAGGGUCUCAGGUCAGCGUGCAAAAAGCCCUUCUCCGGUACCCCGACUGACCUCUCGGAGGCCGAGUCAUCGUCCUCUGGGUUCUCCGACGAGACCAGCAACAAGGCGACCCAAACAGACGACCCGAGGUCCGGCUCGCUUCUCUGCUCCAUCGCUGACGGCGAGGAUUGCAAGUUUAGCAUCUACGACGACGCCAGUCCCAUAGAAAGCCGUUUCCGCAAGACUCCGGAGUACAGGCAGCUAUUCCGCGAAAUAUUCGGUGUCCUGAAACGUGCCGCCGAAGCUAAGGACGAGGGCGAGAAGCUCCCUCUUUUAGACGACGCCCCCGGCUCAUCACUCCCCAGGGUUCCUCCGGUCAGCGUUGCUGGCAAUAAUUACCCGAGCCACCAAUCAUCCUUGAGGGAAAACGCUCCGAGCGAAUUCACCGACGACAACCAGAGCGUGGUUUCCUCGGUCGUUUCCGAGCCCCCGUACAGAAGCACACCCGUUUCAGGGGCGCAGAAAACGGGACGACAGGAGUCCUUGCAGCCGGCGAAACCUGCGAACAAUUCGUCCUCGAGCGUUAACGGAACCGGGGAGCAAAAUAAGGCGAAUGGAAUUGGAACGAGGCAGGGGAUCCACCUUACCCCGAUAAAACGACAGCCCCUUGAGUACCUCUCAAUUGGAGUGAACGUGAGGAAAAAGUCAUCGGCGAAGAAGAACAAUUCGGCAAAGAAAAUGCAGGUGGGUGCUGGUGAACGGCCGACGACACCGGAUUCUGCUCAGGGGACCAACAACAGGACGAAGACGAAUAGCGCGGGCAGGAGGAGGUUCCGAGCACCGAAUUUCGGGCUGGAACAGACGGAAAAUAGCGGUAGCAACGGGACCGUGUGGAACGGUAACACACUGAAUUUCUUCCCGAGCAAAACAAUUGGCAAAGACACCCUGCAGAACAACGGGGCAACACCGCAAACCGCCAGGCAGAGCAACUCCUCAUUUGUGCGAUAUGUCAGCGAACACCAUAACACGACGUAUGAGUACCGACCUGGCACAGCGUCAGCCGAAGUUGCACGUCUCAAACGCCUCGAAAUGUCCUACGCGGAGGCACUCCGCAUGCCAAACAAACCAAAAACGUCAUUUAAUAACAAUAGUAGUAGUAAUCAUAGUAUCAAUCGUCGACAUUAAUAAUGUAAAUUUUUUUUUUAUUUUUUUUAUUUUUUUAAUUUU